CUUACCACUUCCGUGCUGUCUGACCUGCAGGGCCUGCACUCUCCUCUCUGGACGCUGGAGUCUUCAGAGCAGGCGGCAUGAGGUCCACCCUGCCUGUCCUCCUGUGCCUCGGGCUGAGUCUGCAACAGAGCCCCCGGGGGUCUUCAGGGACCCUCCCUAAGCCCAUUCUGUGGGCAGAACCAGGCCCUGUCAUUCCCCGUGGAAGGUCAGUGACCCUCUGGUGUCAGGGAUCACUGGACGCCCAAGAGUACUGUCUCAUUAUGGAAAGGACGUGGAGCCCCACAUGCAGAAGACCCUUACAGGGUCCAGGGAACAGGGCCAUGUUCCCCAUCCCCACCAUGACUGCGCAGGAUGCAGGAGGGUAUCAAUGCUACUAUCAGAGCCCUGCUGGCUCACUACAACGCAGUGAACGCCUAGAGCUGGUGGUGACAGGAUUCUACAGCAAACCCAGCCUCUCAGCCCUGCCCAGCCCUGUGGUGACCUCAGGAGGGAAGGUGACCCUCCAGUGUGGCUCAUGGAAGGAGUUUGACGGCUUCAUUUUGACGAAGGAAGGAGAACACCACCUCACCUGGACCCUGGACGCACAGCAAAAACCCAGUGGGCAGUUCCAGGCCCAGUUUCCAUUGGGGCCUGUUAACCUCACCGACAGGUGGACAUUCGCAUGUUAUGGCUAUGAUAGGAGCAAACCCCAGGUGUGGUCAAUUCCCAGUGACCCCCUGGACCUCCUGGUCUCAGGACCCUCUGGGGGACCCAGCCCCCCACCCUCAGGACCCAGGUCACCAGCUGGAGGCCCUGAGGACCAGCCCCUCACCCCCACGGACCCAGGACCCCAGAGUGGACUGGGAAGGAGUCUGAAGAUUCUGGUGGGGGUCUCGGUUCCCCUCCUCCUGCUGCUCCUCUUCCUCCUCCUGGGACACCAGUGUCGGGGACAAUGCAGGAAGGCAGGGCUCAGCACUGCUGUCACCUCCCCAGAGGCCACCCAAGGCCACCAGAGCCCUGCAGAUGAAGACCCCUGGGCUGUCACCUGUGCCCAGAAUCAGGGCCAUUGUGGAGUGUCCACUUAUCCCCUGAGUCACGGCCAUUCCUGGUCAUGAAGGACACAUUAGAGGGAGAGGACAGCCUGAAGGGUGUCAUGUGGGUCCUGUCCCCUCCAGGGCCCAGGCUCCCCAGACACCAGCCUCACCUGUCACCACUCUGCCCUCACUCCAGGUGGCUGCAUCUGGUGCCCCCCAGAAUGUGACCUACGCCCAGCUGAAUUACCUCAAGCUCAAGGAGACAGCCAGUCCUCCUUCCUCUCAGGGACAGGAGCCUCCCACUGCGCCCAGUGUCUACACCACCCUGGCCUUCCACUAGCCCAGGACACCACUCAGAUCCCACGCUGCAAGGACAGGGACACGGGGACCCCAGCAGGCACAAGACAGCCCAUGGACAUGCAGCUAGGUGUCACGGCCAGCUUGGGGCCUGACAUGCAUGGCCAGGAGCAUCUGCGACCUGCUGGACGUCACCUGAUUCCCAGUCACAAUAACUGGUCCCCAACCACGUGCCACGUUUGGCCAUUUUAUUCUCCUAGUCACCAACAGGCAAGGGGAGAGGAGUCACAAGGCAAGUGAGCAAAUGUGUGAUGGGAAAGUGCAUCCCGCUGAUGACGCACAGAAACGAAGUGACUUUGAUCAAAGGAAACUUACAAUAAAGUUCAAAAUGUGCUGGGGUGACCCUGGGGAGCCCCAUGUCACCUGCCUUCCUGCUGAUUUUCACACCCGGCUGGGACCCCUCUGUGCAGCAGCAUGACCUGGGCUGAGUGGCAGCCUGCAGGGGUCCCCUGCCCACCUCAGGGAAGGGUCUGUGGAAAGGGGAGCGCAGACCUGGAGCCACCCAGGAGCCCAGUGGGAGCAGAGCUGGGGACCUAGAGACAGAGGACCAGAGGGAGGGACAG